AUGUAUAUAUGUAGUAUUUGUAAUUGCUUUAUUGCUAAUAAAUCAGAUGAGAUAUACAAAUGCCCUUUAAAGAUAGGAGAAUAGUUAAAGUAUAUAUUAAGAAUUAAGUAGUUUUUUGACAUUUAAGAUGGUAGAUAAUUGUAAAGAAGAUCAAUUCAAAAAAUAUGAUUAAUUUAGUCAUCUAUAUUGUAAAUUCUGCAAUUAAGAGAUAGGAAUGAGAAUUGGAAAAGAUUUUUCUAUAUAUAAAUGCCAAAUAUAAGAAGCUAUGGGAUCAAUAAACAUUGGAGUUUAUUCUUUGAAAUAAGAACUUUUGUUUAAGAUAUCAUAAAUCCUUGAAAACUCAUGUUAUAAGUGUUCCGUUUAACCAUUACUAAAGAAAGAAUUAAGUAAUAUUUAAAUCAUUCCAAAUGUAAAUGCUGCAAUCAUAAUACAUUAAAUUGAGUCUCGAGUAUUGUUAUUAGGAAAGAAUGGAUUAUAUAAUGAUUUAGCAGAAAAAUUAUGGAAAUAAACAUGUGGAAAUGUAUUGUUGAUUUUAUAUGAUAAAGAUGAAAAUAACUAGGAAGAAUUAGUACAUAAUUUAGCUACUUAAGGAGAGUAACCAUAGCUUGCUGAAUUAUUUUAAUCUUAAAACUUAGUAUUUUUAACAGAAAUUUUAAAUUUGGAUUUAAUAUUAUAGAAAUAUUUUGCGAAAUCAUAUAAUUAAAUGUAUCCAGUUGAAAUUGUAAAAAAGGAAGAAGAUGUCUCAAAUGAAAAGUGUCUUUUAUUGACAUAUUAUUAUGAAAGAUAUAAAUAAAUAGAUCAUCCUACUUAAGACGAUAAAUUGAUGCUGUCUUUAUUAAAAAAGUCUCGGAAGUAGUUAUAAUUUGAAUGUAAAGUUUAAUGA